AUGCUAAGAUUUUGCAGCUGUGGCGAAGAUCUCGCUUUGGCAGAAAUGUUUGCAGAAACAGUCGCGGAAGAAAGAACUGUUGUCGUUGGAGUAUCCUCUACUUGUUCCGAUAAGCCGACAUCUUCGACGAAAUCGUCAAUGGGAAACGCUACAAAACGAAGCGUGUCGGAUUACUUUGGAGAAGACAAAGUCGCUUACGAGAGCCGAAUAGUCUACAAAGAAAUCCAGGAUGAUUCCUGGUUGUAUGAUGACUUGCGUUUGUUCACCUACGACUGCAAAGGUGAAGAUGACGAUAGUGAUAUAUUAGACAGUGAAUGCGAAAUGCCACUUCACUACGAUGGAAGAGACGAAAACACUGAAAGACAUUUGGAAACUCCAUCAGCUACUGGCGAUAAGAUUGACGCCAUGCGAGUGAGUCAAGAACUGCAGUCACUGCGCACUACUAGUAAAAGGAAGAAAAUCAGCAGAUCGGACAGGAUGGAAACACCUUUACGAGAAAAGAAAUCAGACGUAUCAGUAGAAAAGAAGAAGAGGCGGAAGCAGCUCCUCAGGGCUACUGAUCGGGACGAAAUGCCAUAUAUCCCUGUACAAGUUUAG